AUGGGCAAACGAGGCGGCAAAAAAGGCGGUGGCCGUGGUGGCGGUGGGGUGCGCAAGCCUUCGGCCUACCAAGAUAUCCCUAAGAGCAACGAGAAGCUCGAGCGCUAUUACAAUGAGCCGGGCAUUAUUCCGGAGGAGGAGCGGGAGCAAUUCUGGACUACCAUGCGAAGAGAUCUCCCUAACAGCUUCCGCUUUACGGGCUCGCGAGGACAUGCGCUCGCCGUCCAGCAGCGUCUCAAGGAUUUCUAUAUUCCCAAGAUCACUUCGAUCCAGUACGAGGGCGAGUUUGUCGAGCCGCCGCGCCCAGUCUCAUGGUACCCGGACCAGCUCGCGUGGUCGAUGACCACCCCGAAGAAUGUGGUGCGACGGUUCGCGCCAUUUUCCGCUUUCCAGAAGUUCCUUGUCGCCGAGACGGACGUCGGGAACAUCAGCCGCCAGGAGGUUGUCAGUAUGAUUCCUCCGCUGCUCAUCGAUGUGCGGCCCGGGAUGACGGUGUUGGAUAUGUGCGCCGCACCGGGAAGCAAGUCCGCGCAGCUUAUGGAAAUGAUCCAUGCUGGUGAGGAGGAUUCUAUCUUGCAGGUCCGGGAGCAAUUGGAGAGCGGCAAUGCUGGUCCGGAGCCCUUGGGCCCGGAGGGACUGGAUGAUGACGGCCGCAGCACUGGGCUGUUGAUCGCUAAUGACAGCGACAGCAAGCGGGCUCAUAUGCUGAUCCACCAGUUGAAGCGACUGAGCUCGGCGAAUCUGAUUGUCACGAACCACGAUGCUACGAUGUAUCCGUCCAUCAAGCUGCCGCAGCUGCCUGCGGAGGAUGGCAAUAAGCAGAAGAACAGAUACUUGAAGUUUGACCGCAUCCUGGCUGAUGUUCCUUGCUCUGGAGACGGUACUGCUCGGAAGAAUAUCAGUGUCUGGAAAGAGUGGAUCCCGGCCAACGCCCUGGGAUUGUACGCCACCCAGGCUCGGAUUCUGGUUCGCGCCCUGCAGAUGCUCAAGGUUGGCGGUCGGGUUGUCUACUCUACGUGUAGUAUGAACCCCGUCGAGAACGAGGCUGUGGUCGCCAGUGCAAUUGAGCGCUGCGGCGGUGGAGCGAAUGUGAAAAUCAUCGACUGCAGCCAGGAGCUGCCCGGGUUAAAGAGGGCUUCCGGCCUGCGGAAUUGGAAGGUGAUGGACCGUGAAGGUCGUAUUUGGAACAGCUGGAAAGAGGUUGAGGAGCACAGAGAGAAAGAAGGCAUUGAGGGUCUGGGAAGACUCGCCGAGGGCAUGUUCGCACCGACGGGAGAGACGGCUGACCUGCCGCUCGAACGGUGCAUCCGUAUCUACCCUCACAUGCAGGAUACCGGUGGAUUCUUCAUCACGGUUCUCGAGAAGACCUCCGAGAUCAAGGCCAAGUCGGAGAACAGCAAUGUCAUCCCGAAGGCAUCAGUGGCGGCCCUCGCUGCUGAGCUUGACAAGAACAAGAACGGAAAUGGGCGUCCUCUGGAGAAGCUACAGGCACUGGAUGAUCUUGUUGUUCCCGACCAGGAAGCGCAGGAAGAAGCUUCGAAGAACGCAACCGUCGCCGAGUCCUCGCACCAGCUUCCAUACUCCGCGACCCUUGACGCUUCGAAUACUGUUACCUCGGCGAAGCGGGUGGGAGACGACAACCUCGAAGAUGAGGUCCCGGCUAAGAAAACCAAGCUUGAUGACGGCACGGAGGUUCUGAUUGGAGACCGGCCCAUUCAUCGGCCUGCCUAUACAGUCGAAACUGAGCAUAGGGGCCCGCAGCAGGAGGAGCCGUUCAAGUAUCUCGACCCCAACCAUGAGGUGCUUCUGCCCAUCUACGAGUUCUAUCAAUUAUCCGAGCGGUUCCCCCGAGACCGCUUUAUGGUCCGCAACGCCCAAGGAAUUCCGACGAAGACGGUCUACUACACCAGUGCCUUGGCGCGCGACAUUCUUACACAUAAUGAGCGCCAGGGCAUGAAGUUCGUGCAUUGCGGUGUGAAAAUGUUUGUGAAGCAAGACGCACAGCGGGAGAAUGUGUGCCGGUGGCGCAUCCAGACAGACGGGCUGCGCAUCAUAGAGGCUUCGCUAGGCCCCGCUCGAACCAUCACGCUGACCAAGAAGCCUACUCUGCACCGGCUGCUCGUGGAGAUGUUCCCGAAGGUGGAUGACGAUGGCUGGAGGGCUCUCGGUGAGAUCGGUGAGCAGGUCAAGGACAUUCCCAUGGGAUGCAGCAUUCUGCGCAUUGAAGCCAGCGACGCUGAGGAUGGCAUCAGUGAGCGGAUGGUGCUGCCCCUGUGGCGGUCUCUGCACUCGUUGAACCUCAUGUUGCCCAAAGAGGAGCGCCGGGCCAUGCUGCUGCGUCUUUUCAAUGACGACACGCCUCUCAUCAACAGCACGCUGAAGAUGCAACGUGAGGGUAACAUCUCGACCCCAGACACGUCGGCGGUUGAGACUCCCACUCUCGAGCCGGCCGUCGAAGCCGAGGACGUCGCGAUGAUGCAUGAGAAUGUCCAGCUGGCCGAGGAUGAGCAGGAGCAAGUUGACACGCGGGAGACGUGGACAAAGGCAGGCGACGAAGAGGACCGUUUCAACACAACGGUCUAG